UUACUGUAGACACGACUAGAUCUUUGAUCCCCAGAAGUGCGUCCCCUGAAAUUACAGACCUGGACAGAAAUGAAAAGCCAGGGUGCCAGGAAAGCCAUGAGUGGGUUAUUUCAAAAUGCUCUAAGAGUUAAUGACUGCUAACUUCCAGUCUGACUCAGGAAGUGGGCUUCUCUCAGGUUCCUCUUCCUGCAAACUUCCGUCUCUGCACAGCACCCCAUUAGAGGUGCCCCUUCCAUGCUCUUGUCCUCCCCAGUCCACACUUGCCUUUAGAACAGUCGCUGCCACCAGUGAGAAAGAGGCUUAACUUCCGCAAGGGGCGGGGCUUUGCACUUGGGCAAACUUGAAACAGUGAGGACACAGCCCUGCAGAGAAGGGAUCAAAUCUGCCGCAGGCAGUCCUGCCUUACUUUCCUGUCCAGCUGAAAUCAUUCGAACACUGGUGUUCCACUACUGGCAAGAAAACACGGUCCACCUGAUAGCAAGAACAGCAAUGGAUCAACAGGAAUGCAGUCAUUCUGAACCAUGUAUGAAGAGCCAACGUGCCAGAGGAUCAGAGCUGAGAAUCAUGCUGGUGGGCAAAACAGGAACCGGCAAAAGUGCUACAGGGAACAGCAUCCUCAGGAUGCAAGCAUUUGAAUCGCGGCUGAGUGCCCAGUCCAUCACUAAGACUUGCAGUAAACAUCAGGGAAGCUGGGGAGGGAGGGAGAUGGUCAUUAUUGACACACCGGAUAUGUUUUCUGGGAAGGACCACUCUGAUUCCUUGUACAAAGAGGUGUGGAGAUGCUACUUACUCUCUGCACCAGGACCCCAUGUGCUGCUCCUGGUGGCCCAGCUGGGCCGAUUCACUGACCAGGACCAGCAGGCUGUGCAGAGGGUGAAGGAGAUCUUUGGAGAAGAUGCCAUGAGACACACAAUUGUCCUCUUCACCCACAAGGAAGACCUGGAGGGAGAAUCCGUGACAGAUUACAUCCGCGACACAGAUAAUAAAGCCCUGUGCAAGGUGGUGGCAGCAUGUGGGGGCAGAGUGUGUGCCUUUAACAACUGUGCUACAGGGAGUGAGCGGGAUGGCCAAGUGAGGGAGCUAAUGGAUGUGAUUGAGUACCUGGUGUUGGAGAAAAGGGGUGACCCCUACACCAAUGGGCUCUACAGCCUAGUAACAGCGUCAGAAUGUGGACCUGUGUGGUCAGAGGAAAGGUUCAAGGAUUUCAAAAGAGAUUUUGUGAAGUACGUGCAAAUUCAGAGACGUUACUCAGCUGAAGCAAAUGGCCUAAAACAAGGCCUAAUCAAAACAUUCGUCUUUAUUUUAUUUUGUAUUCAUUUGUUCGCCAAAUUCCCUGUUCUGUUAUUGUGUCCAUUGUACAGAGUGUGCAACUUGUUUUACUGCUUUCUCGUUAGAAUGUGCAGUUUGUUCUGUAGAUUGCUGUUCAUUAUAGCUGGAAUAUUGAUGACAAUUUUGAGAAAGAUCACUGGGCUGGAAUGCAUAACUCGUAGUGUAUAGUUACAGGUCAGCAAUUAUUUACUCACUGCCAUAUAUGGGGUGAAUCCAAGUGCUUCCCCUGUAAAAUGCAGUGCCUGACAUCAGUAAAUGUUUGAGAUUCUGUAAAGUGUUUAAAUCUUGACAUUGCUUGGGGUACCUGGGUGGCUCAGUGGAUUAAGUGUCUGACUUCAGCUCAGGUCAUGAUCUCACACUUCAUAGAUUCAAGGGCCACGUUGGGCUCUGUGCUGACAGAUCAGAGCCUGGAGCCUGUUCAGAUUCUGAGUCUCACUCUCUCUCUGCCCCUCUCCCACUCAUACUCUCUCUACUUUCUCAAUAUGAAUAAGUACACUUUAAAAUAAAUAAAUAAACAUUUUCAAAAAACAAAGAAAUGAGGGAAGGAAAAUGAAGCACACCCAAAACUUCUCCAAUAAGAAUAAAAGAAUGAAAAUUAAUAAAUUCAAUUCCCACACCAAACAAUACCCAUGAAAAGGAAGUAAACUAAAAGAAAGUAUGGAAAUAAUAAAGAUAAAAACAAAAAUUAAUGUGGUGGUGAAUAAAACAUACAGGGCCUAAUUAAUAAAUUAAAACU